AUGGCGGACAUUGAGACGCUCAAACAACAAAGGGCUCGAUUGAUAAAAUCUAUCGCGCUUAUUCAGAAUUUUAUUAAUAACUUUCGAGAAGGAGAUAGCAAACAUGGCUUAAUCCUCCGAAAAAAGAAACUAGUUGAGAUUCUUCAAAGUUUAGAAGAAAAUCAAACUGAAUUAGAUGUUAGAUGUCCAGGAACUUACUCAAAAGAAUAUGAGGAGUUAUUUGAUUUACAUUUUGAAUUGUCAGCUCAAAUUGAAGAUAUUUUAGAAACUAACAUUAACGAAAAUAAACCAAAUAUAGAUUUAAAACAUAGGCAAAUUAACAUCAAACUUCCAGACAUAAAUUUACCAAAGUUCAAUGGAAAUUAUUCGGAAUGGAAUGCAUUCAUAGAUAUUUACAAUUCACUUAUACACAACAACGAGCAUUUGUCAGACGUUCAAAAACUUCAUUAUUUAAAAGGGACACUACAAUCACCAGCAUCUGACUUAAUAACAAAUCUUUCUAUGACCAAUGAAAAUUACAACACGGCAUAUAAUUUACUGCAAGAUAGAUACAACAAUAAAUACUUAAUAAUUACAUCACAUCUACAAUCUCUAAAUGACAUAAAACCUAUACUACGAGGUUCACAUGAAAAUCUACAAUCAUUUUUGAACCAAGCGAGGCAGCAGACGCAGUCACUAGUAACAAUUCACGAAGAUGCAGUUUAUUGGGACAUAAUUUUAGUUUUUCAGCUCACAAAUAAAUUAGAUCACCAUACUCGUUUAGCUUGGAGUCUAUCACAACAAGAAGGAGAGCUGCCAACGUUAAACAAAUUUUAUAAAUUUCUUGAAACCAGGUCGUGUGCGUUGGAAACUGCAACCAAGACUGGUAAGAUAGAACAUUCCGGAGCAAAAAUAAAAUCUGUAAAUAUAGUGUCUCAAGAUAAUCAGCACAAACCAUGUAUAUAUUGUAAAUUGAAAGGACAUCGUGUAUAUAAUUGCUUUAAAUUUAAGAAACUACCAAUAACACAAAGACAGGAAAUUUUAAGACUUAAUCUCCAUUGCGAGAAAUGUUUAGAACCUGCUCAUUCACCAGAUGUAUGUAAAUUCAGUCAGAAUUGCAAAAUAUGCCAGAAGAAACACCACACAAUGAUGCAUGUAUAUAAUGAUAAUAAAGAUUCCACCUCAGAGGAAAAAGUGAGAAGCAGUGAAACUACGCAAAAGGUACUAUUUUCACAAGAGUCCAAUUCCAUAAGCGUUUUGUUAGCCACUGCAAUCAUCAACAUUGAAAACACUCGAGGGGAGCUUUGUGAAGCAAGAGCACUAUUGGAUAGUGGCUCACAGACCAACCUGGUCACAAAAGAUUUAGCAGAAAGACUGCAGCUCCCACAAUUUAAUUCCCGAAACACUCUGAGUGUACUACAGGGCAAGUCAUUAGGAGUAUCUAAAUCGACUAAAAUCAAGAUAAAUUCAAUUAAUAGUUCGUAUAGCAGAUCAAUAAACUGUAUUGUAAUAGAUAAAAUUACAACAAAUUUACCUGCACAAAAAUUGAUGCCAGUGACUGGAAGAUUCCAAAUAACAUAA